CACCAUCGUCCUGACUCCUCCUCAGCCUCGUGUCCACUCAGCCUCUGCUUCUCCUCUUCACACCAGUGUCUUGUCUCCACUCAGACGCCUUUUCAUAUCACUGAACGACCAGAGCGAAACAGUGCAGAAUGCCUUUUGGAGGAGGAAACAAGUGUGGCUGCUGCCAGAAAACCGUUUACUUCGCUGAGGAAGUGCAGUGUGAAGGGAAGAGCUGGCAUAAAUCCUGUUUUCUGUGCAUGGUCUGUAAGAAGAACUUAGACAGCACAACAGUGGCUGUUCAUGUGGAUGAGAUCUACUGCAAAUCAUGUUACGGCAAGAAAUACGGGCCAAAAGGCUACGGCUUUGGAGGUGGAGCCGGUACUCUGAGUAUGGACACAGGAGAGGGACUAGGCAUCAAGCCCGAAGGACCAGCCCCUCAUCGCCCUACAAACAACCCUAACACCUCCAAGUUUGCCCAGAAACCAGCGGGUUCAGAUGUGUGUCCUCGGUGUGGAAAAACAGUAUAUGCAGCAGAGAAGGUUAUUGGGGCAGGCAACUCAUGGCACAAGGCUUGCUUUCGAUGUGCAAAGUGUGGAAAAGGUCUGGAGUCCACGACUGUCGCUGACAGAGAUGGAGAGGUCUACUGUAAAGGUUGCUACGCAAAGAACUUUGGUCCCAAGGGCUUUGGCUUCGGUCAAGGUGCAGGAGCUCUUGCCCAUUCCCAGUAAAGCCUGAAGCCUUGGCCCACCUCAGGCAAACAUCUGGUGCACUCACUAUCUUUGCUUCCAGAAGCCUUCAGUCAAUACCGAGGCUUUUUUUUACGCUGCCCUUUUACUCCAGCCACAGGCAAAGAUGAAUGAAGAACGCAAUGACAAGCUUUUUGCACACAUUUACAAAGCUGGUUUUGCCUUCACAUUUCUUAUAAAAACAUGUGCUGAGCAUUUGUAUUCACAAGUUCACAUGUAUUUGUGUUUAACUUGAACUGUCUACUACAAGGCUCCUUUUUUUUUUUUUUUUUUUUAAAGUAAAAGACACUUUAAUGAGCUGUGGUUACAUUACUAAGAGACACAAUCUCUAAUAACAAAUUUUGAGUUUGAUUAACAUCAGCACUGGUCGCCUAUGAGCAGAAAUAAAGAUGGAUAAAGAUAAAGAUGCUUUAAGAGUAACAGCUGUGAAAAACAGCCAGGGGAGUUACCCAUCAUGCUUCAGUUACAUUCAAACACAGUCCUUCCCUCUGUCUUAUGUGUCAAAAUGGUACAAACUGUUGUAAAUAAGUAUUAUUUCUGAGACACAAAAUAAAUAUCAAGCAAAAACA